AACUCAAUAAUCAAAUUUAUGAGACCUGAAAUUGAGGUUACGGGUCAGAUUGGAUCAUAAACUCCAAAACUAGGGUUUCAAACUUGGGGCAUUUUCUCAAUUGGCACAUAUGGCAUCAACAUCAGGGAAACCUGAAACACCUUAUGAGCGAAAAUCAGAAAUGAGGCAAACUGUUGACAACCAGGCGGGUGCAGCAGAUUCAUCAGAUCAUCAGGCGCGAAAGAAGACGAGGAUGGUAGAGCUAAAGAAUGCGACACUGCCGGAAGAAUUAAUCCAAUCAGAAAUAUUCCCUCGACUAGCAGCAAAAUACAUUCUUCGAUGUCGCCUGGUUUGUAAGUCCUGGAAUUCUCUGUUAUCCACCCCUGCUUUCGUUAAUUCCCACCUCACUUAUCAACUCCACAACAACUCUGACGAAAAUGAUCGCAUUAUAGCAAGAACAAUGUAUGGUUUUUACGAGCAAGUGGACAUUAACUCUCACACCGAUUCGAUUCGUGUCCGCACAGUGCCUUGCGCUUCCAACACCUUGUUCGGUUCAAUUGAUGGUUUAAUUGCAAUGGUUUCUACGCAGGGGAAAAGAUUGUGUUUAUGGAACCUGGCUAUUGGGCAAAUUAAGUUGUUUGAUUUUCCCCCACUUGAUGGUCACUAUGCCGGAGGAUUUUGUUGGGAUCAUGUGCACAAUGAUUACAAGGUCUUGAUGUUCUGCUAUGAUCCGAUGUUAUCUCCCGCUAGACGAAUUUGUAUGUACUCAACAAAUUCGGCUACUUGGGCUUCCUUGUGCAUCCCUCAAAAUCUCGUGUUUCCGUCGAUGUCACCAUGUCCCUCUACCAUUGUCAAGGGAACGCCUUACUGGACUACUUAUCUUAAACCCCUGACUUUGCCUGGACAGAAGUGUAGCAUUUUGAAGUUUGUGCCUGAAAUCAAUGAGUUGAGGAUCCUUCCUGAUUUUGAUCCCCUCAAAUUUCGUGUAAACAUUUUCGAUAUAGCUAACAUCAAGGAUUGUCUUGUUGGAAUGGCGUAUAAAUUAAAUGAACACGGAGGGACUAAUACUAUGGUGGAUAUGUAUUGUUUGGACGACGAGGAUUCCAAUAGCGGUAUUUGGAGUAAGAUGUAUAGUAUCGGACCUGUAUACUUGGACUCCCAUCAAUGGCCAUCACAGGCUUUUAGGAAUGGUGGUGAAAUAUUGAUCCGGGGACCAUCUGAUCCAUUUGCUUUCUACGAUCCCGAAACCAAAGAAAUUAAGAGGAUUGCUGGGACGACUAGCCCUAGCACUUCUUUAACAGAUUUGGGUAGACAGUGUUACAGUUAUACGCCUAGUCUGGUCCGUGUUCGAGGAAUGGAGUCCUUGCAGAAUUUUUCUACAAAGGGAGAACUCAAGCCAGUCGCUUUCUUUACCCGUAAUUUUCCCUAAAUUUUUUAGAUAUGGAUUCUAGUUAGUUGUUUGCUUCUCACAGCUGUUCUGCUGAACUGGUGUCAGACUGUUUGACUUAACUUAGAAGAAAUAAGAAGCGGUAUCGGGUUCGGGGCUUCUAGACGCUAAAGCGGUAUCAGGUCGGAGAAGUUAAUUAUAAGUGAGAAAUAACGUUUACUGUAUGUAUUUGAAAAUAACGUUUACUGUUGUUUGUCCGUAAAGUGCCUUGCGGUUGUGACCCCUUGUUUGGUUCAAUUAAUGGUUUAAUUGUAAUGGCUUCUCCACGGGGAAGAAGAUUUUGUUUAUGGAACCCGGCUAUGGGGCAAGUUAAGUUGUUUGAUUUUCAACCUAAUAUUCGUCUAAUUAAGAAUGAUUAUGGUGACUGUGGGAGGAUUUUGUUGGGAUCAUGUGCAGAAUGAUUACAAGGCCUUGCUGUUCUGCUAUGAUUCCAUGUCAUCUCUCGCUAGACAAAUUUGUAUUUACUCUACGAAUUCGGCUACUUGGACUUCGAUGUGUAUCCCUCAAAAUCUCAUGUUGCCAGGACUAGAUGAUUGUUGGUGGAUGUCACCAUGUAACUCUACCAUUAUCAAGGGAGCCCCUUACUGGACUUAUUCUAAAUCCUUGACUUUGCCUGGAAAGAAGCGCAAACGUAAGUUCUUCUGUACCUUCAAAUUUGUGCCUGAAAUUAACGAGUUGAGGAUCCUUCCUGAAUUAGAUUCCCUCAAAUGUCGCGGAAACAAUUUUUAUAUAGUAAACAUCAAGGAUUGUCUUGUUGGGAUGACAUAUAAAUUAGGAAGACGUGGAGGGACGACUAUGGUAGAUAUGUAUUGUUUGGACGACGAGGAAUCCGGUAGUGGUGUUUGGAUUAAGAUGUACAGCAUAGGAUCUGUGUAUAUCGACUACUAUCAAAGGCUGUUGCACGCUUUUAGGAAUGGUGGUGAAAUAUUGAUCCAGGAACAUUCUGGCACAUUUGCUUUCUCUGAUCCCAAAACCAAAGAAAUUAAGAGUAUUUCCGGGACGACAAGCACUAGCAUUUUCUUGGUUCGACAUCGUUACAGUUAUACGCCUAGUUUGGUCCGUGUUCGUGGAAUGUAGUCCAUGCAGAACUUUUCUGCAAAGGGAGAACUUAAGGAAUUCGCUUUGUAACUAUUGCCUACUUAUGGGAACGUUUGGAUUAACUCAAAAGAAGUGCUUAUUGCUUAUAUGCUAGAUACAGGCCUGGAAAGUGAAAAGAUGAGUAUUGUUCGUAAAGUGUUUGAUGAAAUGGGCGAGAGAGUUCUGUCUCGACUCUCGAGGAUAAAUACAUAGAUUUAUUAGCUGACUUCUUUUGGUCAAACAUGUUUAGGAUUUAUACCCGUGAAGCACAGUGAAGGUAUACACUUCAUGUUAAUUGUUGUUGAAGUAUCAAGUAAGAAUCUGUUGUGUUUCAUGGAGCCGUUGACCCGUUGAUGAGUGGCUUUCGUGAUUAAAUUGCAGAACAUUGUACUUGUAUAUGUUGUUGGCCUGUCACCUUUUAAUCUCGUUGGCUCGUUGACAGAAGUGUUAGCGUUUAGUAAUAGGUCACGAAGUGUUUGGAACCAUGAGUUUGUGGCCCUGUAACUCUGCUUAUGAUCUUACUUAAUAGUAGUAUGCCAUGCUUAUGUAUAUAUAUGCAUUUUUUUGCCUGAGCUCGUUUUCUCGUUACCCCUUGAUAUAUUUUAAACUGUUCCUAUUAAUAAUUCCAUGUCGUUGGAAUUGCUGUGCUGAAUCUUCCCGAAACAUGUUCACACUAACUGUUUGCUUUUGAAGAUUUCGACCCUAUCCUGAACAUGCAUGAGGCCACAUUCUCACUAUAAAAUGCUUCAUCUAAUUUGUAGUGAACAGAAGUCCCCUCUGAAAGUCGCUGCAACAGCAGAUCAGUACUGUAAUAUGAAUUAGAAAUAAUUUCUUAUCUUUAGUUCAACAUCAAAAAGGAUUAUACUCUUACUGCAACUCUGUCAUUAAGUAUAUUCAUAGUACACAGAUUUUAAAUGUUAGUAUUUGUGUGUGUGUGUGUGGGUUGGUUGGGUCCUGGGGGUUAGACUUCGUUAUUAACUUCCAUUUAAAUGCAUAAGCAACUUAUGUUCUCGCACUCCAUUACAUUGAGGCGAGAGAAUGCGCUGUUCUUCCUAUGAACCGGCAUGAGUAAAGUACUAGUGACAUAGUGAGCUGCGUAAACUUCUUAGUAUAGGUGAGAUAUCACGAUGAAAGCAUUACAUUGAGGUGUGAUG